AUGACAAAAUUCUUUGGUCUCCGAGGUCAGGCACUUCAUCGAGCAAUGAUUUGGGCCGUCAUCAUGCCUGCUUAUAUCCUAUUUGGGUACAAAAAUGCUGUCGCCGGUGGACUACUUAGUCUACCAGCCUGGAUCAAAACUUUUCCAGAGCUUAACACCCUUACUGUCAUAGGCACUCAGAAAACCAACAACUCUCGGUUGCAGGGAACUGUCGUUGCUCUCUAUACUCUUGGAUGCUUUUUUGGCGCCUUGUCCUGUAUCAGAAUAGGCGAUACUCUAGGUCGCAAACGAACAAUCAUGCUUGGAGCAGCAAUCAACAUAAUUGGCGCCAUCCUUCAAUCUUCAUCUUAUUCCCUAGGUCAAUUAAUCGUUGGACGUCUUGUUUCCGGCUUAGGUUUUGGUGCUUUGACAGCAACCGCUCCGAAUUGGCAAUCAGAAUGUUCUAAAGCACAUCACCGUGGCUCAGUGGUGCUUCUUGAAGGGUUGUUCAUAAGUGCAGGUUUAGCAACGGCUGCUUGGGUAAACUUUGGAAUGUCUCAUUUGUCCGGAGGAGUCACUUGGAGAUUUCCGCUAGCACUCUCCAUGGUAUGGUCCAUUGUCGUACUGAUUACCACGCCACACAUGCCAGAGUCUCCUCGUUGGCUGGUCAAAAAAGGACGAACAGACGAAGCACGGGAAGUUGUGUCAGCAUUGGACGACAAGCCCAUAGACUCAGCUCAAGUACAGGCCGAUAUAGCAGAGAUUGAAGAAGGUCUUGCGAUCACCGGAAAUGGCUCAUUCCCUUGUCUUGCUGUAUGCGGACAAAUGUUUCAGCAAAUGAGUGGUAUAAACGCUCUCGCUUUCUAUCAAGCUACCAUUUUUGAGACUGGCCUCGGGUUAUCAGCACAAACGUCUCGUGUUCUCAGUGCUUCUGUCUUCUCUUGGCAGACCCUUUGCUCCCCGAUAGGAGUUUUAACAGUUGAUCGAUUCGGAAGGAGAAAGCUGAUGAUGUUUGCCGCGUUUGGAAUGGGAUCCUGCAUGGCGAUUAUUGCUGGAACAUCUUCCCAAAUUACUAACACCUCAUGUGUCAUCGUCGCUGCAGUAUUCAUUUUUAUGUUCUCGUUGUUCUUCCCCACCGGAUUCCUAGGACUGACUUUCCUCUAUGCUUCGGAGGUUGCACCGCUAAGCGUCCGAGUCCCUAUUACUGCUAUGUCGACAGGAAGUGCAUGGAUUUUCAAUUUCAUUGUCGCAGAAAUAACACCAGUGGGAUUCGCUACUAUAGGAUGGAGAUACUACAUUCUAUAUGCUUGUAUCAACCUCUUCUUGAUACUCCCAGGUGUAUACCUCUUCUUUCCCGAAACCAAUGGUCGUCAUCUCGAAGAGGUUGACCAAAUAUUUCUUCGGAGCAAAAGUAUUCUCGACACUGUACGAGUGUCCAAAUGCAUGCCCAGAGGAUCUGUUAGCUCUACCUCCACUGGUGGGGCCGAAAAGAUUGAAGUGAUUCUGGUUGACAAGGUGGAAGAAGCUGUUUGA